ACAUAUUCAAUAAAAAACAAAUGUAAAAAAGUAUAAAUACCAUAAAUAAAAAAUAAUCAUUUCUACUUUCUAGAGAGAGAAAGUAAGCGAGAUGAAUGUUGGAAACAUCUGAGACGAUAACAACUCGCCGACCGAUUCAUCUCUGAUGCUGUGGAGACUCGAUCGGAGAGAGUAGAGAUACAAGAGCGAGAUAUACAUAGCGAGAGAGAGGGGGAGAGAGAGAAGAGAGAGAAAAAUGCCUUCGCACGCGGAUCUAGAUCAUCAGAUCGAGCAAUUGAUGGAAUGUAAGGCGUUGAGUGAAGGAGAGGUGAAGACGCUGUGCGAUCAAGCUAGGGCUAUUCUGGUGGAGGAAUGGAAUGUUCAACCUGUUAAGUGUCCUGUUACGGUCUGCGGUGAUAUUCACGGACAGUUUUAUGACCUCAUUGAGCUCUUUCGGAUUGGUGGAAACCCUCCUGAUACUAAUUACCUCUUCAUGGGAGAUUAUGUUGAUCGUGGAUACUAUUCGGUGGAGACUGUCUCUCUGUUGGUGGCUCUAAAGGUCCGUUACAGAGAUAGACUCACAAUACUUAGAGGGAAUCACGAAAGCCGGCAAAUAACUCAAGUUUAUGGGUUCUAUGAUGAAUGCUUGAGGAAGUACGGAAAUGCAAAUGUGUGGAAGUAUUUCACUGACCUUUUUGAUUAUCUUCCCCUUACAGCACUGAUCGAGAGUCAGAUCUUUUGUUUGCAUGGAGGACUUUCACCAUCUCUUGAUACACUAGACAAUAUCCGAUCCUUGGACCGUAUACAAGAGGUUCCUCAUGAAGGGCCAAUGUGUGACCUUCUGUGGUCAGAUCCAGAUGAUCGUUGUGGAUGGGGAAUAUCACCGCGUGGAGCUGGUUAUACCUUUGGACAGGAUAUAGCAUCUCAGUUCAAUCAUACUAAUGGACUUUCUCUGAUUUCAAGAGCUCACCAGCUUGUAAUGGAAGGUUUUAACUGGUGUCAGGACAAGAAUGUCGUCACAGUAUUUAGUGCUCCAAAUUAUUGUUACCGGUGCGGAAAUAUGGCAGCAAUUCUAGAAAUUGGGGAGAACAUGGACCAAAAUUUCCUUCAGUUUGAUCCAGCACCUCGACAGAUUGAGCCUGACACCACUCGCAAAACACCUGAUUACUUUUUAUGAUCUCAAGCCACCCAUCAGCUGUUGUAAUCCUCACUUGCCAUCAGGUCAAUGUAGAUGUGUCGUAAAAGGAGUUUUGACUUUAUAUUCUGAGGGAUCCUGCCAUAUCAUUCUGCUUCUCUUUUCUUUCUUUCUUUCUUUUUAGCUCAGCUGCAGAUGAUGCGAUCAAGUAGAAAUUUCACCAAGAUUUGACUAAAGCAGCAGGCCUUUUUGUUUUGUAUAUUUUCACCUAAAAAAGGGAUGAAAAGAAGAAGAAAAGAUAUAAGUUUGGUAGGUGGGUGGGUGAUGCAGCAAUAACAUGUUAUUGUGUUAUGUAAUCUUACAGCUUUAAAGUAGAAAGCACAUUUCCUGUUCUUGAUAUGUUAUAAAUUUUGUUUAAGAAUCUGGCAAAAAGUAUUAAUGCAAGCACUUGUCUUGAAUGUGA